AUGCUUCUUCGGUUCUAUGUGUUGGCGGCGUCCGCGUUGCUCUCGCGAGUGUCAGCGUCGCCGCUGACCCCUCGUUCGCCGAGUGGGUCUAAGCCGGUCAUCGCGCAGAUGUUUGAGUGGACUUGGGACAGUAUCGCGGCAGAAUGCACGAACUUCCUCGGCCCCGCAGGAUACGGCUUUGUCCAAGCCAGCCCGGCUCAAGAGCAUGUUCAAGGCUCUCAGUGGUGGACUGACUACCAGCCUGUGUCUUACAUUCUGACCUCUAAGCGUGGCAAUGAGGCUCAGUACAAGAAUAUGAUUGAUACCUGUGCGACGGCCGGAGUAGGCAUCAUUGCCGAUACGCUCUUCAACCACAUGGCUGGUCAGGAUUCCGGCACUGGCACGGCGGGUAGUUCGUUCACGAAGUACAACUAUCCCGGCCUCUACAGCACCAACGACUUCCACCACUGUGGACUUGAGCCCAAUGACCAGAUCGUCAACUGGGACAAUGAACAAGAAGUUUGGACUUGCGAACUCAGUGGCCUCGCCGACCUUGCUACGGAUACGACCUACGUUCAGCAGACUCUGGCCGGGUAUGCCAACCAUCUCUUGAGCUUGGGCGUGAAGGGCUUCCGCCUCGAUGCCGCAAAGGACAUCGACCCCGCCAACAUUCGUGCUAUUCUCAACUUGCUCAGCACCCAGAACUACUACGUUACUCAAGAGGUCAUCUGGGGCUCCGGCCAACCCGUUACGCCGGCUUUGUACACUGGUAAUGGCGAUGUCCAAGAGUUCCGCUACACUAGCGCUCUCCUCUCUGCCUUCAGCGGCGGAGGCAUCUCGAACCUCCAGAACCUCGACAACCAGGGCUGGGUCCCCAGCGCAAGCGCGAACGUCUUCGUCGCCAACCACGAUUCGGAGCGUACCAGCGGCGAGUCUCUCAACGCCCUCUCGCCCUCGAACACCUACACGCUGGCCAUGGUAUUCUCCCUCGCUCACCCCUACGGCACUCCCACCAUCCUCUCAAGCUACCAGGGCUUCACCAACACUGACCAGGGUUCGCCUAACGGCGGCGUCGGCACGUGCUCUGGCAACACCGGCACGAACGGCUGGUACUGCCAGCACCGCUGGCUCCCUGUCGCCGGUAUGGUCGGCUUCCGCAACAACGUCGGCUCGGCCGCUCUCAACAACUGGGUCUCCCCUCAGUCGUCUCAGAUCGCCUUCGGCCGCGGCGCACUCGGCUUCGUCGCGAUCAACAACGCCGACUCGGCUUGGACCGCGACCUUCACGACCAGCUUGCCUGCGGGCUCGUACUGCGAUGUCAUCCACGGGAACCAGAGUGCAACUAAUGUCUGCUCUGGUCCUUCGUACAACGUCUCCUCUUCGGGCACUUUCACUGUCACGGUUGCUGCGCGCGACGCGGUGGCGCUGCAUACCGGAUCGAAGGGCGUCGGAACUGGCUCGGGCACCGGUGGUGGCUCGGGUGGCGGCUCGGGCUCGGGCACCGUAACGGUCAACUUCGCCGAGACCGCGACCACGACGUUCGGAGAGAACAUCUUCCUCGUUGGGAGCAUUGCUGAGCUCAAGAGCUGGAACACCGCUAACGCUAUCGCGCUGUCGUCGGCGAGCUACCCGGUGUGGACUGUCUCCGUCACCUUGCCCGCCAGCACGGCCAUCGAGUACAAGUUCAUCCGCAAGGAGACGGACGGAAGCAUCGUCUGGGAGAGCGGUAACAACCGCGUUGAUACGACGCCCGCAUCUGGCUCGCAGACCCUCACCACGUCGUGGCAGUGA